AUGAGAAUUUUAAAAAGUAUUUUGCCAAUUUUUUUGGCAAUUGAAUUAGCUUCAAAUGUUUAUGCAGCUGAUCAAGAUUAUUGUUCAUUACUUGAAAAUGCAUUAAUGUUUUAUAAAAUGAAUAGAGCUGGUCGUUUACCAGAUAAUGAUAUACCAUGGAGAGGUAAUUCAGCAUUGAAUGAUGCAAGUCCAAAUUCGGCAAAAGAUGCCAAUGGUGAUGGUAAUUUAAGUGGUGGUUAUUUUGAUGCUGGUGAUGGUGUUAAAUUUGGUUUACCAAUGGCUUAUUCUAUGACUAUGUUAGGUUGGUCAUUCAAUGUUUAUUCAGAUAAAAUCGAAGGAUGUAAAUUAACAGAUUUAUACCUAGAUACAAUUAAAUAUGGUACCGAUUGGCUUAUUGCAGCACAUACAGCAGAUAACGAAUUUGCAGGUCAAGUUGGUGAUGGUAAUACUGAUCAUGCUUGGUGGGGCCCUCCUGAGAAUAUGACAAUGGAUCGUCCAACUUUUAUGCUUACCACCGAUUCACCAGGUACUGAAAUUGCAAUGGAAGCAGCUUCAGCACUAGCUGCAGCUUCAAUGGCAUUCAAAUCUUCGAAUCCUACAUAUGCCGCAACUUGCUUAGCACAUGCUAAAACUCUUCAUAAUUUCGGGUACACUUAUCGUGGUGUUUAUUCAGACUCCAUUUCAAAUGCAAAGACUUUCUAUAAUUCAUGGUCUGGUUAUAAGGAUGAACUAGUUUGGGGUAGCAUUUGGUUAUAUAAAGCAACUGAAGAUCAAAGCUAUUUAACAAAAGCCGUUGCAGAUUAUGCAUCGGGUGGUGUUGGUGCAAUGGCACAAGGUAAUUCUCACGAUUGGGAUCUUAAAGCACCAGGUUGUUGUUUACUAUUAUCUCAAUUAGUUCCAGAGACUGAAACUUAUAAAACUGAUUUCGAAGGUUGGUUAAAUUAUUGGUUACCAGGUGGAGGUAUCACUUAUACACCAGGUGGUUUAGCAUGGAUCAGACAAUGGGGUCCAGCUCGUUAUGCUGCCACUGCCGCUUUCCUUGGCUCAUUGGCUGGUACUGAUAAAGGUACAGAUUUCACUAAAAAACAAGUAGAUUAUUUACUUGGUGAUAAUCCAAAUCAACAAUCAUUUGUAGUUGGUAUUGGUCCAAAUCAUCCAAUUAAUCCACAUCAUCGUGCUGCUCAUCAUUCAACAACUAAUGAUAUAAAUAAUCCAGUUAAUAAUUUAUACCUCUUAAAAGGUGCUUUAGUUGGUGGACCAGGUUCAAAUGAUGAAUAUACUGAUGAUAGAACUGAUUAUAUUUCAAAUGAAGUUGCAACUGAUUAUAAUGCUGGUUUCGUUGGUGCAUUAGCUUCAUUAUGUUGA